GGAGGCAACGGGGGCUGCCUUGUUUACUUUGAUUGAGGAUUUUUUUCAAAAAACAUAAAGUCGUUUAUGAAACAAAUCUUAACGGAUUUGCUGCCGAUGGCGCAAACAAUAUGCUGGGGGCUAAUAAUUCCUUAGCAAGUAGGCUUAAGGAAAAAUGUCCCAAUGUGUUUUUGAUGAAGUGCAUCUGCCACAGCUUUCAUCUUUGCGCAUCGUACGCAUGUGAAAAGCUGCCAAAUGAUGUUCAACAAUUAGCAAGAGAUGUGUAUAACCUUUUCUCAAACAGUCCAAAGAUCAGUACAAAUAAUUUCACGAGUUUGCAAAUGUGUUGCCUCACAAAAUCCUCCAUCCAUCACAAACGAGAUGGCUUUCCCUAGAAUUGGUUAUCAAAAGAUUGAUUUCACAAUAUAACGCCUUAACCCUUUAUUUUACGGAGGAAGCUUGUGAAGGAGUUUGCAAGCCGACAAUAUUUUAGAAAAACUUAAAAAAACAGACAAAACUAUACCUUGAUUUUUUGGCAUAUAUAUUACCUUUAUUUAACCGGCUAAACCUUUUAAUGCAGAGUGAGAAACCACAGCUACAUAAAGUAUAUGAAGAAGUGACAUGUGUGUUAAAAACCAUAAUGGACUGUUUUAUUAAACGAGAUAUUUUAGAGAACAUCAUGGUGUAUGAAAUUGAUUAUAAAAAUCCGAGAAAUUUUUUAACAAUUGAUGAUAUAUACUUUGGUGCAUCAAUUAAUGUAAGUAGAAUU